ACUGGAUCGGUUAGAAUUAGGCAAAAGAUUUUAAAUGUUUUAAAAAUAAAAUCGCUAAACUAUGCGACUGGUAUUAGUGAAAAUGAAAUUGCUAAGAGACAACACUUGAGAAAAUCAAAAUUGGAUGAAUUUCGUUUGAAUGAAAUGAGGGAAAAAAUGCGAAAUUUACAUAAAUUAGAAUCUACUAAUAUCAUUGAUAACUACGACGGUAACAACACUAAUUACGCUAACAAUAAAGGUAACGUCUGUCAGAACUCAACAAAAUGGAAUAAUGAUUUUAUGGAAAGCCCGUACACCCUAGCAGAUGGCGGCCAACAACAUAAUGACAAUAUUUCUCCUGCCUUCAACACUGAAGGACCAUCAAAAGACACUGAAUUCAUCAGAUCAUUGUUGACAUCAUCUUCACCAACUAAGGACAAUGAUGGGGCCGACAAUGUUAAAAUAUUAUCUUAUGGCAGAGUGAGAAUAGACAAACCAAUUAAUAAGAAUAUUAAAAACCUUAAUAAUAAUGACUUAUUUAAAAAUGAGGUCAACUUGAUGGCCAAGAGAACUGAUGUUAAUUUGUUUGAUGAGCAGUAUUUUAAACUUGACUUGAACACAGAUGGGCACGAGAAAAGUAUUAAAAAUAUAAAGAAAAACGACAGCGAUGAUGUCAAUGAUGAUAAAAGUGUAUCUAAAAAAGAUAAUAAAUUGAGUGUUAAUAACCACGAUGAUGAUAAUUCACAUCAUCUUCAUCUCAACAAUUUUAUUGAACAGCAAUACUUUGGUUCAUUGCAACAAAACAGCAAUAAAUGCAAUGAUCUUGGUGAUAGUAGUAGUCCAAUGUCUCCCCCACCAUCACCAUCAUUCUCAGCACCGUCACAAUCAGCAUCAUCGUUAGAGAGUUUCAUUAAUCAACAGACUCAUCUGCAAUUCAGUAAUUAUUGCAGUAGUAAUAAUGGAAAGCCUAAUAGUAUUAACAACAAAAUAUUUUCACAUGAAACUACCGACAAAGUCUACAUUAAAACUACCAAAAUACCUGAUGGCAAUUGUAACAUCUUAAAUUUUUUUGAUGAACAGUUUUUUACUGAUCAGCGCACAAAUGAAGAAACCUCCAGAGAUAACAGUACUGGCCAGUUUUUGCCUAACUCACUAACUGGAACCCCCUACCUAGAUGAAUUUAGUAACAGAACUGAAACAACAAAAAUUGAAACACUAACUAGAAGACAGUUAAAAAAAUUAGUAAGUGAAAAAGUGAACAUUGAAAAUCCCGUAACAGCCUAUGAUGCUUUGGUUAAAAUGAAGAUUGAGAGAAAGAAACAGAAAGAAGAAAAGAUGAAUGAAGAUGAUCUUGUAACCCCCUCAAGAGCCAAAAAUUGGACCGGCCCAGUUGAUAGUAAGGGUUUCAAGAUAUUGAAAGAUCAAGUUAAGAGGGAUGUACAGCAUAUGAUUGAUUCUGAUCUUGUCUCCAUGCUCUGUGAUUCUAUACUAUUUGAAAAUGAGCAAGUAAUAAUUAUUGACAAACCAUACGGCCUACCUACGCACGGAGGUCCAGGAGUGGACAAAAGUGUGUCUUCACUGCUCGACAUCAUGGCCAAUCGAAGAGAAAAGUUUCUAAAAUCUUACAAAUUAGUCCAUAGGCUCGAUAAAGAAACUACAGGAGUCAUGGUACUAGCUAAGACAGAGCAAGUCGCGGACAUUUUGAUGGGAAUGUUCAAAAAGAGGCAGGUCAUAAAAACCUACUGGUUAAUAACCAGAGGUGUACCAAAACCCCCACAAGGACAAAUAGAUAUACCAUUGGCUGAAGGGACAGUUGGUAACAGAUAUCGGAUGGAACUCAGGCCCAGGUAUUCAGACGAGAUGAAGUUACUAAAGAAAUCAGCACCCAACUUCGACAAGGAUGACGUGAAGGAGGCAAUCACUAAUUACAGGGUGUUGGACAGCAGUGAUUCAUGUGCUUUAGUUGAAUGCACUCCAGAAUCUGGAGUUAAACAUCAGAUCAGGUGUCAUAUGGCGUUUGCCUUGAACACGCCCAUUCUUGGAGAUCCUAAGUAUUCACAUUUUUCUAAGAUAGCUCCUCAGAAACUGCCACCAAGCAUGCUAGAGAAAUUAGGGAUUAGACAGGCAAAAGUUCGCCACCUAGCGAUGCACCUGCACGCUAGGUCUCUGGUUCUACCUGAGUUCCUCCCCAACGGAAAUAAUUUAUUCGUUUCCGCUCGUCUGCCGCAAUUUUUUGUACAAAACAUGAAGUGGCUGAAGUUGAUUAUACCCAAAAAAUAAGCAAGCACACACACUGGUACACAUACAUAAAAUAUACACACACAAAUACAUACAUACAAAUAUAUUUCAACAUACAUAAUGUACAUACAUAUUAACAAAUAUGUAUAUAUGCACACACACUAACUUUUUAAAUCAUUGCUAUAUUAUAAUAUAUUGUUUUUCAUAUAUAUAUAUAUAUAUAUAUAUAUAUGAGACGCACAAAAAACAUUUAUUAGAAUAAAUGGUUAUCUGAUGAAAAUUCAUUAAGAUAGUAUACAUAUAU